GCAUCCAUUAGCCGAGGCGGUGGCUGCGUGUGCAGUGCUACAGGGCUCAGCGCCUGCCUCGGCUCCGGAAUCAGGCUGUUUCCUUCUAGACCUCCCGUGGGGGAUUCAAGCCGGCGUCCGGGUCAAAGAACAGGGACAAAGUCCUCCUGCCACGGGGGACCACCUGCAGGCAAAGGGAAGAAUGAGGAGCUUCGGCAAAAUGCCGACUAAGGCCUCCUUAGGUUUUGCCCCACUCCAAGAUGGAAGGCCUGAGGCUUCACGCUGCCCCCGAAGUCCCUUUCCCAUUGGCUGUCUGGGAAUUGGGUUUUCCAAUAAUGCGGACGCUGAUUGGUCAAUCUAGGACGGUUGCUCAAGCCAUUGGCGCAGUCGCCAUUGGAGGGCGGCUCUCAAAAGUUUUCAGACACAAAUUAGGUUCGAGGAAGGAAACGGAGAGGAAAGGGAAAACUUGAGACGGAGGCGGGACUAAGGAAACGGCAGCUUGCAUUGGUUUAUUAGAGGCCAAGGGGCGGCUCUUGAACGCUCCUUCCUCUUGAUUAGUCCGAGUUAGGAAAAGAGGGCGGGUACUGAGGAAAAGCGGCAGAAGCGCCUGCUUCCAUUGGUCAGUCCUGGCAGGAGGUGGAGCACCCGCGGCAGCUGAUUGGUGCGGGAGGCAAGGUGGGCGGGGCUCUGAGCCGGAGGUUUUGUUGUGAGGGUCGGUUGUCAAGCAGCGGCCAAUCAGGGCAGGGGAUGGAGGCAAGUGGGGGUCGCGCCUGGAGCGGAGCCUCGGCCUCCGGAGCCGCAGCUGCAGGUGGAGUGGGCAAGGGGACGAGGUGGCGAGGGGACGGUGGGCCUUGGGCUGGGCCGAGUCAGGCGGGGCUGGCCGGGCUUGCGGGCAGAGAGCUCUGGGCGUGGGGAGGCUAGAGCCCGUACUCCGCAAGCAGAGGGUUGGGAGGAUCAGCCGUGGCCGAGGGACCUGCCCCCGCCCCCGGACGAGAGGGGUCGGGGUGGAGGCCGGAGGGGGCAAAACCAGGGAGGCCGGAAGCAGAGCUAGGGUCUGCAGAAGGACAGCCCUGUAUUGAGCUGAGAUGGCUCGAGCCUAACAUUCCAUGAUCCAGGAUCGUGACAGAUGUGCACAGGCUGCUGCCGUUGCUGCUGUGGGUAAUUUGGAACCACGAGGCACCCCAGGGCCAGAAGACGAGGCAUUCUCUCUGCCUGGAUGUGUGGGAACUCUCUGCCAACUUGAUUGGUGGAUCUGGGGGGGAUCCACCCCCACCCCACGAGGAAAGCGCAGUUUAUUUUGUGGGUGGGGCUUCAGGUGCCAGCCAGCUGAAGGAUGGCCACCCCUGUGGUCACCAAGACAGCCUGGAAGUUGCAAGAGAUCGUCGCGCAUGCCAGCAAUGUGUCCUCGCUGGUCCUGGGCAAAGCCUCUGGGCGGCUGCUGGCUACAGGUGGGGAUGACUGCCGCGUCAACCUGUGGUCCAUCAACAAGCCCAACUGCAUCAUGAGCCUGACGGGCCACACGUCCCCAGUGGAGAGCGUCCGCCUCAACACCCCCGAGGAGCUCAUCGUGGCUGGCUCCCAGUCGGGCUCCAUCCGUGUCUGGGACCUGGAAGCUGCCAAAAUUCUUCGCACACUCAUGGGACACAAAGCCAACAUCUGCAGCCUGGAUUUCCACCCGUACGGCGAGUUUGUAGCCUCUGGUUCCCAGGACACAAACAUCAAGCUCUGGGACAUCAGGAGGAAAGGCUGUGUCUUCCGAUACAGGGGGCACAGCCAGGCCGUGCGGUGUCUCCGGUUCAGCCCCGAUGGGAAGUGGUUGGCGUCAGCUGCAGAUGACCACACAGUGAAGCUCUGGGAUCUCACUGCCGGCAAGAUGAUGUCUGAGUUCCCUGGUCACACGGGGCCUGUCAACGUGGUCGAGUUUCACCCCAACGAGUACCUCCUGGCCUCCGGCAGCUCUGACAGGACAAUCCGUUUCUGGGACCUGGAGAAGUUCCAGGUGGUGAGCUGCAUCGAAGGGGAGCCUGGGCCUGUCAGGAGCGUCCUCUUCAACCCAGACGGCUGCUGCCUGUACAGCGGCUGCCAGGACUCACUGCGUGUCUACGGCUGGGAACCUGAGCGGUGCUUUGAUGUGGUCCUCGUCAACUGGGGCAAGGUGGCCGACCUGGCCAUCUGCAAUGACCAGUUGAUAGGUGUGGCCUUCUCCCAGAGCAACGUCUCCUCCUACGUGGUGGAUCUGACACGUGUCACCAGGACUGGCACGGUGGCCCGGGACCCUGUGCAGGACCACCGGCCCCUGGCACAGCCACCGCCCAACCCCAGCGCCCCCCUCCGGCGCAUCUAUGAGCGGCCCAGCACAACCUGCAGCAAGCCUCAGAGGGUGAAGCAGAACUCAGAGAGCGAGCGCCGCAGCCCCAGCAGCGAGGAUGACAGGGACGAGCGCGAGUCCCGCGCAGAGAUCCAGAACGCCGAGGACUACAACGAGAUCUUCCAGCCCAAGAACAGCAUCAGUCGGACACCACCCCGGAGAAGUGAGCCCUUCCCUGCACCCCCAGAGGACGGUGAGUUGGACGCAGCCACAGCAAAGGAGGCAGCAAAGCCCAGCCCUGCCAUGGAUGUGCAGUUCCCGGUGCCAAAUCUGGAGGUCCUGCCCCGGCCCCCAGUGGUUGCUUCCACACCUGCACCCAAGGCUGAGCCUGCCAUCAUCCCUGCCACCCGGAACGAGCCCAUCGGGCUGAAGGCCUCCGACUUCCUGCCCGCCGUGAAGAUCCCCCAGCAGGCCGAGCUGGUGGACGAGGAUGCCAUGUCACAGAUCCGCAAAGGCCAUGACACCAUGUGUGUGGUGCUCACCAGCCGCCACAAGAACCUGGACACCGUGCGGGCUGUGUGGACCACGGGCGACAUCAAGGGCCACACUGUCCCCCACUGCCCCACCCCUGAUGGUGCUCUGUUUGCACAGACGUCGGUGGACUCUGCUGUGGCCAUCAACGACCUGUCGGUGGUGGUGGACCUCCUGAACAUCGUCAACCAGAAAGCCUCCCUGUGGAAGCUGGACCUGUGCACCACGGUCCUGCCACAGAUUGAGAAGCUUCUGCAGAGCAAGUAUGAGAGCUACGUCCAGACGGGCUGCACCUCCCUGAAGCUGAUCCUGCAGCGGUUUCUGCCCCUCAUCACAGACAUGCUGGCAGCCCCACCCUCCGUGGGUGUGGAUAUCAGCAGGGAGGAGAGGCUGCACAAGUGCCGGCUCUGCUACAAGCAGCUCAAGAGCAUCAGCGGCCUGGUCAAGAGCAAGUCAGGCCUGAGCGGCCGCCAUGGCAGUACCUUCCGCGAGCUGCACCUGCUCAUGGCCAGUCUGGACUGAGGAACGCAGUGGGCAGGGGCCCUCAGCAGCCCACAGGGCCUGGCCUCAGCCCCCACUCCUGUUCCCUGUGUGCCACUGGCCCGUGAGCCUCUGCCUGGCCCCUGCCGCUGUCCUGUGGCCGUCCUGGAGGAGGUGACGCUGGUCCCUGGCCACCUCUACAGCCCUGAAAUCUGAGACAACUCUCUCCAGCAAUAGCUGCCCAGCUUUGCCCAACUGUUGCUUCUUGGGGCAGCGAACUGAGUCCUGGGGCUGCUGCUGUAAUUUAUAAGGCAAAUUUUAUUAAAUUUGUAACUAUU